ACGGGUGCGAAGGUUCAGCUUAAAGGUCGAGGAUCGGGUUAUGUUGAACCCACUUCGGGGACCGAGGCUUUUGAACCACUUCAUAUUCACAUCACUUGUUGGAGUCAAGAAGGACUGGACAGGGCAAAAAAAUUAUGCGAAGACCUUAUUAACACGGUAAAAAUAGAAUGGGAUAAACACAAAGCACAACAGGCGGCAUAUUCUUCGUAUGGCAGGUCACCGUAUCCACGUCCACCUGUUUAUGGACAACCAGGAUUACCACCCUCUGGGACUUACCCUCCUCCACCUGCAAAUCCUCCAUUACCUAGUGCUACUGCUUGGAAUCCUUAUAACCCUUACAAUCAAUCUCGAUAUUAUCCAUAUUCUCAAUAUCCUUACUAUCAGCAAACUGCUGCACAAGCAGUCGAUGCUAGUUAUUAUUAUGGAUAUGCUGGAUAUCCAACUGCAGCUAAUUAUCAAACCGCAGGGUAUCAAGUGCCAGCUACGCAGGCUCCGCCAGCUCCAUCAGCGUCAUCAACAACUCCCAGCACUACAACCUCACCUCCAACGUCGCCAUAUGAAGACAAAAAACAAGGUAGCUCUUAUCACGCAGUUCCACCUCCGGAUUCUUAUGAAAGCGAGGUUGGAAUUAAACAAAACAGGCAAGACAAUAAAAAGUAUCAAUUUAUGAACAAAUUUCGCGAUAAAAUAA